UAAGCUUGGGCCAGCUGAAAGUCUCAGUCUUUUCCUCUGUUUCGUUCUCACACGUUAAUAAAACUCUCCCUUUCACAGAGUUAAAAAGAGGAGUGGCACUUUCGUACACGCCACGAUCAAAUACGCAUUCCCCCAUCCAUGUGUGUCUUUUAACCUCUCUGGAACUAUGUGAUCUUUCCUCAAGCUGUAAAUGCAGCUGGGUUUUACUGUGUUUUCUCAUGGGGAAGAAGGGAGGCUCGUCUUGGUUGACUGCUGUGAAAAGGGCUUUCAGAUCUCCCACUAAGGACGAUGAAGAUCAUAAGAAAAGAGAGAAGCGUAGGUGGAUUUUCAGGAAGCCAACGAAUUUAAGUCAAGAAAGUCCAAAGGAGAAAACAGAGAGUGUAUCAGUUGCUGCUGCAGAGCAAAGGCAUGCUCUUGAUGUUGCUGUGGCCACAGCCGAGGCAGCAAUGGCGACAGCCCAAGCGGCUGCCGUCGAAGUGGCUCGGCUGACCAGGCCAACUAACCACUCCAGAGAGCAACUUCAGUUUGCAGCCAUUGUUGUCCAGACCGCUUUUAGAGGGUACUUGGCAAGGAGGGCGCGUCGUGCGCUUAAAGGGCUUGUCAAGCUGCAAGCUUUGGUUAGAGGACACAAUGUGAGGAAGCAAGCGAAGAUGACUCUUAGGUGUAUGCAAGCUCUGGUUCGAGUUCAAGCAAGGGUUCUUGAUCAAAGGACUAGGCUUUCCCAUGAAGGUAGUAGAAAAUCGGCUUUUAGUGAUACUAAUAGCAAUAGCGCUUGGGAAUCGCGGUAUGUUCAAGACAUUUCAGACCGAAAAUCCAUUCAGUCUAGAGAGGGGAGUAGUAUAGCAGAUGAUUGGGAUGAAAGACAUCACACUAUUGAGGAAGUAAAAGCAAUGUUGCAACAUAGAAAAGAAGCUGCAAUGAAGCGUGAGAAAGCUUUAUCCCAUGCCUUCUCUCAACAGAUAUGGAGAAAUGGGAGGAGCCCUUCAAUGGGGAAUGAGGAUGAGCUUGAAGAAAAACCAAAAUGGCUAGACAGAUGGAUGGCCCCAAAGCCAUGGGAGAGCAGCAGAGGAAGAGCGUCUACUGACCAAAGAGACCCCAUUAAAACUGUUGAAAUGGACACCUCGCAGCCUUACUCAAGUUUAUCAUCCAAUUUCCGAAGAUCGAAUGCAAGCCAAUACCACCAGCAAAACCAACAGCAAAGACCUACUUCGCCGCUCCUUAGAGAUAGAUCCCACCAAAAUCAACAUCAAAGACCUAGUUCGCCGCUCAAUAGAGAUAGAUCCCACCAAUACCAACACUUCCACCACUCCCCCAUCACACCCUCCCCAUCAAAAAGCCGCCCUCCUCUCCAAGUCCGGUCUGCAAGCCCUCGAUGUGUUAGAGAAGAUCGAAGCUCCACUACGUCUCAAACCCCUAGCCUGAAGUCUAAUUAUUACUACAAUGGUGGUGUUGUGCACCAACAUAGCAGGGGCAGCACCAGCACCAGUGGUGGCAACGCUGGUGCUACAUUGCCUAAUUACAUGGCCGCAACUGAAUCUGCCAAGGCUAGAAUUCGCUCUCAAAGUGCACCGAGGCAAAGGCCUUCGACGCCUGACAGGGAACGAGUAGGAGGAGUUGGAUCGGUGAAGAAAAGGCUUUCUUUUCCAGCUCCCGAUCCUUAUGGUGCUGUUGGAAUGGGGGGUUAUGGGCAUAGCUUGAGGAGUCCAAGCUUUAAGAGUGUGGUUAGUGGAUCAAACUUUGGUUUGGAGCAACAAUCUAACUAUUCUUCAUGUUGUACUGAGAGUCAUGGUGGUGAGGUCUCUCCUUCUUCUACUAGUGACCUUAGAAGGUGGUUGAGGUGAUUAAUGGCUGAAAAUUGAUGGCUAAGCAAGAAGUUUGAACUGUUUAGUGAACUGUAACUUUUCACAUUCUUACUUUGAUUUGAGAUGUGAGUAGGAUGUUGUAACUUAGUAAGCACUGAGUAUUUAUUUGGAUAAAGAUAGCAGAAUGAUUGCAGGGUUUCUUUCCAUUUUACUGAUUGGUUUGUAAGUUGAAGCUGCAAAUGAGGCACAAGUUGUGUAA